AUGGCCGCGGCCCGCGCGUUGCUCUCCCCGGGAGAUCCCGCCACGCUCGUGGCCGCGGACGCGCAUCUGAGAGCCGUGAACGACAGCCCCGACGGUUGGAGGAUCGGGCGAGCUCUGUUGUCAUGCGCGGAGACUCCGGGCGACGUCCUCGCCCCGCGGGUGCGCGUGAUGGGCGCGGCGAUGCUCCGCGCCAAGGCACACGCCGACGGCUUCGCGAUGACCCCGCCCGACGCCGCCUCCAUGACCUCCGAGCUGCUCGCGAUGCUGGGCACCCCCGAGGGCAGCGGCGAGCUCGGCCCGCACCUCGCCCAGAUUGCAGCCGCCGUCGCCACCGCGGGCGGCGCCGAGACGCUCGCGUCGCUCGUCAACGCGUCCAUCUCGCUCGCCGCCCCUGACUCCAACGGGGGGUGGGCGCGCGUUCAAGAUCCCAACGCGCCUUGCCCGUGCGGACCAAACGCGCACGCCGCCGUCGCCCUCCUCGCCGCGUGCGCCGAGGAGGCGCUCCAUCGCGUCAAGGCGCACCCUCCGGAGACGACGGCCGCCGCGCAGGACCUACUCGACGACGUCACGUGGACGCUGCAGGCGGUGGCGUGCGGCGGCGGCGGCGACGCGAGCGGCGGUGGCGGCGUAACGGUCGUGACGGACGCCGCGCGCGCCGACGUCUUUCGCGCGCUGCGGCUGUGGAUACCCGCGGGGAUCACGGCGAGCGAACUCGUCGUGGAACGAAACGCGCUCUUUACCCAUUUGGUCGACGUGGCGAUCCGGUGCACGCGCGUGGACCCGCGCGUCACGCUCGCGGCGGCGGAGACGCUCGCGGAGCUGUGCGGCGCGUCGGAUCCGCUGCCCGGUCGCGCCGCCGCGGUCGACGCGGUGCUUCGAACGCUCGAGUCUGAAGCGGACGCGUGCGACGAGAUGGCGGCGACGCGACUGGGCUGGAACCUCUCUCAUCACGCCGGCGGCGGCGACGGCGACGGCGGCGAGCGCGAGCGGAUCCGCGCGCACGCGUGGUCCGUCGCGAGCGUGUGCGGGGCGCUCGGCGUGACGGAACCCCGCGCGCUCGCCACGCACGGCCACGGUAAGUUGCUCAAGUUUUUGACCGACGUCGUCGGUCGCGCCGACGCGUCAGCCGCGCCAAUCGCGCUCGCCGCGAUGCGAACGCCUCCGCCGCGGGGACUCCUCGCGCAUGUUCGAUCGCCCACUGCCCUCGACGCGGUGUUCGACGCGUUGGCGCGGAGGCUGGCGGAGCGCACGGCGGGGGCGGCGUGGCGGGCGUUCGUCGGGGAGAGCGCGUCUAGGUUAAUAGCGGAGCGAGGUUGGGGGGGCGGAUUCGACGCAAACGCCGACGUCGUCCUUCCCGCCGUGGGUCCAGCUAGCGUCUCUCCCGACGACGACGAUGAGCUCGCGGUGGUCGGGGACGUCGAAGCGACGAUAGGGGCGUUGCACGCGGCGAUGGGCACGUCGACGUUCAUGCGGAUCGUGUUUGACCGACUUUCGAAGGCGUCCGGCGACCCCGCGGUUGUUGCGGCGGAGUUGGUGAUGUUGGCCGACUCGGGGUACCCGCUCGCGCCGGACGCUCCGGAGGAGCGUGUGUGCGUGGACAUCGCCAACUACCUCGUGGGUUUGCCGGCGUGCGACCUCGCGCCCGUCAAGGCGCUCGUCGCGCGCGUCUUCCGCGGCCCGUUCAAGCGGUUGCUCACCUCCGACCCCGACUCGUUCUCGAGAGCGCUCCGCUACCUUGUACGCGCGCCGAUACCGACGGGACCCGACGCCGCGUACACAGCUGGCGCGGACGAGGCUGCCGCGUGCGCGCGCGCGUGCGUGCAGACGAUCGCGUCCCUCGUCGAGGACGUCUGCGUCGGUGGCCACGACGUGGUCCGCUCGAUGCGCGGCGGCAUCGACGCCGUCCUGGACGAGACGAGGCUGCUGGCGUCCGUGGACCGGGGCGCAUUCGCGGCGGCGAUGUGCCACUUUUACCUCGCCGCGAGAGACGUCGACGCGGUGAACGAACUCGCGAUAAAACGACUCGACAACCUCACCUCGGACGCGCGGUCCCGCUCGUUUCGCGAAGGCACGGACGAGGAGGUGACGUACGCGGCGGAGUCCGCGGGUGAGCUUCGGGUGCUUCGCGACUGGUGCGAGAGCGGCGCGCGAGCGGCGGCGAGGCCCGAGACGAUUGACGCGAUUUGGCGAGCGUCGUGGCGUUUCACGGAGCUCGCCGUCGCGCGGGGACGGUCGUACGGCGGCGUCGCGCGCGAGUGCUGCGAGCUGUGGCGAACGCUACCACUGGCGCAGGCGCGCGUGAGCGAUGUUGACGUGGCGACGGCGUUGGGUAUGGUUGAUCAGACGCUUCGGCUGCUGUCGACGCGAAGGUUCGACCCGGAUUCGUUUGCCCGGGUCGUGUCGGUACCCGCGGCGUUUCUCGAGGAGAACGUCGGCGUGGACGAGGCGACGGCGUUGCUGAACACCGCGAUCGAGCUGUUGUGGCGCGAGGGCGAUAAGGUUCCGGUGCAGGCGCGGACGCACGGGGUGGACGACCGGUUCGCGCACGCGCCCGACGCGGCGGCGGCGGCGUUUGCGGCGAUGACGACGUCCGCGACGCGAUCGCUGACGUCGCCGCCCGCGACGGACGCGUGCCUGCGUCAGGCGGCGCUGCUGUGCCGCGGGCAGGGCGUCGAGCCCGCGACGAGCGCGCUGAAACUCAUCGAGCACGUGUGGUCGCGCGCGCCCUGGGUGGACCUUCGCGGCGACGACGGACCUUCGAGCGGGGGCGGCUCCGCGAUGGGUUCGCUGGCGACGGCGUGCGUGGCGGGCGGCGCCGCCGCCGCGGCCGAGUGCGCCAACCCCGCGCUGCUCGACCCCAUCGCGCUCGUGCUCUGGUCCCAGAGCGCGAGGUGCGCGGAGGAAGGUGGGGAGGAUGCGAGCGCGUGGCUGUUCGGUGCGAUACGCGACGCGCUCGUGCGCGGGACGGGUCUCUCGGUGCCGGUGGAGAGUUCCGCGAUUCGGCGGGGCGCGGUGGCCGAGUCGGACGUGGACGCGUUCGCGUACGCGGUGGCGAUGCGACGGCCGCAGCACCCCGCGCGGAGGGUGGCGGAGCUGGUGGACGUGUUCGGGCGCGCGUGUCGGGGCCACGGACCGGCCUCCGCGCUCGAGGAGUUCCGGUAG